CGAGCUCAGGUCAUGGCACGCAAGUACUUUUUCUUCGACUACGACUAUUAUGGCGUGAGCUUCUAUGAGGAAGAAGUAACGACUGAAUCUGAAAAAAGGGUGAUCUGUGCAGCAAACAGUGGCAGCUUUGACAAUCGAGUCAUAGGCACCCUGAAUAAGCCAUACUUUGAGGGCCACCAGAGCUCUGUAGAUAACCACCGCUAUCAAGGCUAUGACAUGAAUGACAACCAAGACACUGAGCAAAAAGAGCUGGAGGUGGCCAGGACUGUGGUAGGUGAACAGCCAUCAUUCAGGGUUCGUGAGAGACCAUACAGAUUCACGCCUGGACAGCUGUGGGAACUGCGGGCAGUCUUCGAAGAAACUCACUACCCAGAUGCCCUCAGAAGAAAAGAGCUGGCAGACCUCAUGAAUGUGGAUGAACAGAAAGUGAAGGAUUGGUUUAACAACAAGAGAGCUAAACUUAGGAAGAAUCAGAGGACAAUGACAAACACACGUCCCCCUCCUACCAAGGAAGACCUCGCCAUGAAGACUUUGGUGGAGUCCAAGAAUAUCAUCAUUCUCCAGGAACAAGUUGGGGAUGGGCUCAUCUGGUCUCACCAGGACUCUGACAUCCAUGCCGGCCUGAACAUCCCUAUCUUCCCCCCUUUACAUUAG